GAGCUGAGAUAUUUUAAUUUAUUAAAAAAAAACUUAAACUAGCGAGAAGAUGAAAUAUUUUACUAAUAUUUUCAUCAUAGCGUACUCCAUUUAUCUCUUCACUGCAUUUUGCCACUGCCAGCGAAACUUCUCUUCAAGGGCGUCUUAUUACAAAACCCAAGACGAAAUGGGGAACCCAAGUGGAGCAUGUGGGUAUGGAGAAGACGGAAGAAGUGCCAACAACGGUGAGGUUUGCGCCGUCUCUAGACGUCUUUUCAAGAACGGUGCUGGUUGCGGUGCUUGCUAUCACGUAAGGUGCAAGAGCAAGGGAUUGUGCAGUCAAGAAGGAGAGAAUGUAAUGGUUACUGACUAUGCAGAAGGGCACGAUGACGUAGACUUCGUCGUCAGCUACCGCACCUUUGAGAGACUCGCUAGGCUGCCGAGGAUGACAGACAUUUUGACAUCCAAAGGUUUUGUCGACAUUGAAUACCAGAGGGUUUCCUGUGGCGGCGUCGCUAGAAACCUGACAGUGAAGAUCCACGAAAACAGCCAAUACCCUCACUACCUAUCCCUUAUUGUUCCGACCAACCAAGGUGGUGCUAGUGACAUUCUCGCUAUUGAGGUCUACGAGGAGGACAAAUACCAGUGGAUAUCGAUGCGGCGAGUAUAUGGUGCAGUAUGGGACUUACCUAACCCGCCAAGUGGAGAGCUAAAGUUGAGGUUUCUAGUGAGCAGAGAGUUUGAUGCCAAAUGGGUAGAGACCGAGAAGGCAGUUAUUCCCACAGAAUGGAAGGCUGGGCUUAUUUUUGAGACUAGCAUUCGAGUUAACUAAGUUGGCUAUUAAAAUUUAACGUAUACGAAGCAUUUCAUCUUUCUCUUGAGAUAUUAUAGGUAAUGUGAUUGUGAGUCAUAUACAUUAAUAAAUAUAGGCUUUUAAG